AUGUCUGAACCAGUUAACAACAAAGAGGACGUAAAACCCAAAUCUGUUGAAUCAGUUGCAGAAGUUCCAAAUGAUGAAGUGGAUGAAUCUGUUUAUAAAAGGGGUCAGCAAGAUAAGUGGACUCGUGCCCGUCAAGGUGAUAGAAGAGACAACUCCAAUAAAAGAUUCAAGAAAAAUUCAGGCGAUAAAAAGGAGAGGGAACAUAAGGUCACGUAGGUAUGUUUUUUCAAUGCAAAUUUUGUAAAGAGUCAAGGAAUACUAACUAAGGUAGUGAAUUUACUCCAAGAGUAGAUGA